AUGGCGUCAGCUGAUGAAGAGGCCGCACGGGAGACCCUCCCUGCUGAGGAGCGCCAAUCACACGAAGCGUCGGAUAUCAAGGCCGACAAGGCGUACCAAAGCACAAUCACCAACGCAAAGGUGGAGCUAAGUAACCUGACGGGACGUCGCAGCCUGUUGUCUGAGUCUCAAGCCCGGUUAGUCAGGGAACUCGCCAAUGUCGAGGAAGAGCUCGCCCUCGUGUCGCAAGCAUGGCAUGAAAAGGCUGAGCGCCUGAACAAGUUCGAGCAAGGGUAUCGCGAUAGACAACAGGCGCGAUUAGAAGCGCAGCAAAAAGUUCAGGAAACCAUGCGCCGAUUUUUCAACGAGAGGCGAGGCGAGGACCCCAACGUCGAAGGCCCUGAAGAUAUCGAGUUGUAA